AUGGAGGAGUGUUUCGGACUGUUGGGAGUGAACGGCGCCGGAAAGACCACAACCUUUCGUAUGCUUACGGGCGACGAGAGUCUGACGGGAGGCCAGGCCUGGAUCGGCCGGUUGUCACUCCGGCACGACUUACAGCACUUUCAACGAGAAGUGGGUUAUUGUACACAGUUUGACGCUUUGCUCAACAAAAUGACGGGAAUUGAGACGUUGUUUAUGUUUUGCCGGUUAAGGGGUAUGACUGAGGAUAUGAUACCCGCGUAUGUGAAGGAUCUGACAGCUAUGGUAGACCUGACCCCUCACGUCCACAAAUGCACCGAAACCUAUAGCGGCGGUAAUCGACGCAAACUAUCGCUGGCUAUAGCCCUGUGCGCCGCACCGGCCGUCAUAUUCUUAGAUGAGCCAACUGCUGGAGUGGACCCAUCGGCCAGACGUAAGAUAUGGUCAACUCUGGCAUCACUUCAGCGCAUAUAUGGCUCGGCAUUCGUACUGACGUCACACUCGAUGGAAGAGUGCGAAGCCCUGUGCGCUCGGGUGGCCAUUAUGGUCAACGGACAGCUCCAGUGCUUGGGAUCU